GAACAGCAGACGUUCCCACGUGAGAGGGAGCGCUCCCCCUUAGGAGGAUCAGGACUGGGCCCGAACUUCUGUCUUGGAGGUAUGGCCCACAGGGAUGUUUCACCUUCGCCGUCCCCCAUCCUGAAAGAUGCGAGCUUCGGUACGCCAGCUGCAGGGGUGCCGAUGAGUUGCAGCGACCACGAACAGGAGGGAGCCUCGGAUUCAACAGACACAUCAGAUAGGUCCAAAACUGAUAUCUCGAAGACUAGCCAAAAGAUGGACCGCGGGACAGAUGAGCAAGAGGGGGAGGUGGAGGAGAGGGGGGGAGGGGGUGAACAAGAGGAGGAACAACAUUUGAUGCAUGAGGAACCAUCCGCAGAGGGGGGUGCUCAACAGGAUAUUGAGGAUAGCGUGGGAGCUGGCCGUGUGGAAAACAGGGAGCAACAGGAUCCGCUGAAGGAAUUGGUGAGACAAGAGCGGGCUGAGACAGGGUCAAAAGCGAUAUUGGAAGGGUGGGGAAGUGCUAUGUCUGCCCUAUCGUCCUAUGACAGUCUUCGGAAGGUAUCAAGAUUGGAGAAGGUCAGACAGAAACAGAUUGACGUCAUCGGCUGGCAAGAGACCAAGCUGGAUGGCGACAAGAUAGCAGAGCCGGUGCUAUGGUGGAAGAGUCACCAAGUAUGGACGCCGGCACGAGGAACAAAAAGGGGGGUCUGCAUCUUGGUCUACCCCAUUUCAGAGGGGAAGUUCAAGACUGAUACUUUGACCCAAGGGGCCACGGUCACAGUGUAUGGCCCGACGGAGACUGGGCUGCGAUGCAGGAUGUGGGAGCAGCUGCAGACCCUGACCCGAGAUCUCAACAAGAUCAUACUAGCAGGGGAUUUCAACUCGGUUGUGGACAUUCCGCUGGACUCUGCCAUAGCAAGGCAUGCCGGAACCGACUCCUUCACACUUCGCAAUGCAAUGAUGCGACAAGGAGGUUGCUAGAGCAGGCCCACAUUUCCCCGAUGGCGAUGUCGGACCAUUCAGCGCCAAUAACAAGUUAGGCGACUCGGACCAUUCAGCGUCAAUAGCAAGUUAGGCAACGUCGGACCAUUCAGUGUCAACAGCAAGCAAGGCAACGUCGGACCAUUCAGCGUCGAUAGCAAGCUAUCCGGUGGGACAGCUGUAGAUGGGUCACCCCCCGAAGGCGAUCCGGGCAAGGAUCUUUAAGAGUACGGAGUUUCGGCCCGAGGUGGCCCGGUUUUGGGAGGAAUGGAUAAAUGACUGCCCACAGG